AUGUCAUUACGAAAGGAAGACGUUUAUGAGACAGAAGAUUUGCCGGAAGAUGAUCAACAAAUGAUUGAAGAUGAGGUCGCUGAAUCGGAAGAAAUAGAGCGUAUACACAUCGACGUUGAUAACGCAAUGAAACGGUUCAAAGGUCGUCUAGUGAGUGCAGAAAACGUCGAUUUCUCGGAUUCUAUUGCACGUAGAAGACGUUGUGGAUAUGGUAGUGGUUCGUAUGUGCUUGAAGUCGUUGGGCCUUAUGCAGAUGAAGCAGAAACGCUGGAGCAAAAGUUUACUCGCUUAAAUUGUGAGAUAAACGAUUUAGCGGAAACGAUACAGGCGCAGAAAGUAUCAGACAGAUCAGAUUCAUGUGUAGUUAAUGAAGAAGAUUUGAUUGCUAUGCUGGAAACGUUGAAAGCUUUGCAAGUCAAUAGAGAUACAGUUACAACUCCCGUCCAAAGUGAAAAGAAAAAUAGCAAAUUGGAAGAUGCAACACUUUUCACCGAAAGUAACAUUGUAAACGGGCGUUUAGCAGUUUUGGAGAAUCGAAUCAACCGUCUGGAGCAGAUGAUUGAUGGUGUUAAUGGUAGUUGUGAUGAAUCCAUGAGAGUUUGCAAAAUUCCAAUUGCCGAAGCAGUUGAAGAUUUACGUAUGCGUGUACAGUUGUUACAUCCUGCUCAUGUUGAUGGUCUUCAUUCACGCAUCACGCAGCUUCUUUCUAAGUUACAACAAGUGGAGGAAAAAAAGAAAGAGAAAGGCGAUUCGGAGUUCGAGGAAAAAGUUGAUAAACUAUAUGAGAUGAUGAGUCGAUGGGAUGUAGCGUGCACUGGCUUAUCUUCCGCAGUCAAAAGGAUGUAUGAUUUAAGGAAACUUCAUGAACAAGCAGAACAGUUCAGUAAAAAAUUGAGUCAGUUGACGGCUAUCCGUUCACAGUUAGCCAAAACGAUGGAAAGAGAAGAAAUGAUGUUAUUUGAUUUCCGUCAACAAACGCACGCAGCUUUAGAGAAGCUUGGUGCGGAUAUCAUUAGACUGGAAGAACGAAUCAAUAAAUUAAAUUCCUAA